GUGUCAAAGUUGGAAUAGCGAUGGAAGCGCCGACGCUAGUUCUGUUCUUUCUCUUUCUCAAUCAGCCGGUAGGUUGCCAGCAAGCGACAAGUCCGCCCUCUCCAGGUGUAUGGACGAUUACAAAUAAACACGACCAACAGUGCAUGGUGAUGUCGUUCUCCGCACAAGUAGAAGCCAUUUACGGACAGACGCAGAGAACGUUCAACAUUCUGCCGACAUUCGAAGCGAGCAGUCUUUGCUCCGAGCCGUAUCGUCAGUUUUCACUGGUUCCGCCUAACUCUUCCCGCACGAAAUUACCGCAACUACAUCUUAGUUUCAAACUGAAUAAGAAUAUUGAAUACACCAUGAUUCAAGCCGUUGCAUUGUGGAUCGACCCAACCAAUCAAGAGUUGGAGGGAGAUUUCAAGCAGGGUACCAAUCUCCUGCCAAACACAGUGUAUUACAAAUACAUCUACCAGUGUGACCAGGAGCUGGUGCUAGAUCUGGAUGGCGGUUAUGGCAAAGUAUACCUGUGGGAUAUGAAACUUAGACCAUUCGCCGAAGACUCCGGUGGACAAGUUCAAGUGUGUUCAAGCUCGUCGACGGUCGUCAUCGUGUCCUCCGUCGUUGGAGUUUUGGCUGCUGCCAUCAUCAUCGUAAUCAUAGCCACCGUUUGUUUCAAGUAUUGCAAGCGAUCUAGAUCAACAAAUCUAACAGUCAAUGCUUGGAACACAGAGAGCGUGGGAAUACUUUCAGGCCGCUAACCCUAAAAACAAAACAAAACAAAAACACGUUCAUUGUUCUCGCCUGCAACACCUUAGCAGAUGGCUUUUGGUAUUCGCCGUUACAGUAGUUUCAGUCUUAGACCCAAAAAAGUGUCUGUUUGAAUCUGGUCAGGAGCCGGCUUCAAAGUUGCGCGGCGACGCGGCUUUUUUUAAACCUCACUUUUGACUAAAUCUAUGGGGACUCCUUUACUAUGUUACUAAACUCUACUUCACAAAAAACACAUAAAAUUACGCAGUAUAGCAGGAUUCCAGGCGAUUAAGCACGUUUGGCAACUUUCGAACAUCGUUUUAUACCAAAUAAAACUUUGGGGGGGGGCGGUGAGCAGGUCUACGGCGACGCCCGCGCAGACCAGGAACAGGAGACAUUUUUUUUUUGGCCUUAGGCCAGGUAACCAUUAAUUUAUGCUUUACUAACGAAGCCAAUUUAACUAGAAGUAUUAUAAACAGUUUUAAUCCGCCUCGAGCAGAAUCAUCCCUCUUCAGUUGAAAAGAGCCAUGUUGGCCAGGAGAGACAUUUUGUUGGUAGCAAUACGACCGUGACGCAUUCAUUAGUCGUUUGUAAACGAGUGAGGUUAAGUUCUGACAAAAGGAGUCUCCAUUGCCAAGAAAAUAUCGCCAUAUCUUGGGCGAAUUCUAGACCAAUUAUGCCAACUAUCCAAAAAUUGUGCACAAAUUCGUCACUAGUUGAGUUGAUAUAUCUUCACGUUAUUGGCAAUUCAGGCCAAUACAACCAGGAAUAUUACGCGCUUUAUAAGACCAAUUUACAACCAACUCACCUGUGUUAGGCUAGUUAACCUUAAGAAGGUCAUCAAGACGGAAUGCCAUGCCUGGUACGUUUUCCUCCAUUACUUAAAAUCAUGCCAUUUUCGUUCAAAGGACUCAAAUAUUGUAAGAAUUUUUGGAGCAAGUUUUCAAUCAAGUGUAUUCUGAAAAAUGCCCACUUGUGACUACAAUAAUUAUGAAAUACUUUGUUUGAUCGUAGGCCUACCGACAAUAUGCAGAUGUGUCAUUUCUUAAUAUAAAGAGUUACAGCAUAGGGGGCUUGAAAAUGGUAAAACUGGAUUCUGGUCUUAAGAUGGUCGAAAAACCUGGACAUUUUCGGGUGGACACUCCUCAAGUAUUUCAUCCGAUGGGCUGAUUUCAGACGGUGGUAUGAAUACUAAAUAUAUAUCGCUUCAAGGGGCUUAACUUAAUUAUGAUUUAAUUAACAGAAUGAAAGAGACGGAAGAUGUAUUCAUUAUUUUUGCUAGGAAUAAGGACGUUGGCAAAUUUACUAACAUAACAAAAUUCCGCUUGCGUCCUACUGAUUUUAGGAUGCCACUAUGUAUUACCGGCAGAAUGUCGUUAGGAUUUAAUUUGGUGCUUAGGCGCACGUUUGAGGCACAAGGAAUUCCCAGCAAAACAUUGUUGGCAUAAAACGUAAAUUACUAUAAUCAGUCUUUCAGAAAACAAGUACAUUCUUAAAGAAAAGAGGUGCGCAUCAAGCCGGCAACAUACAAAGGCGGAGGCAUUUUAUAAGAGACUAAAAGAGAGGCGACGUAAAAAGUGAAGGAUUAGCAGGAAAUGCCAAAAUCGGAACAUGGAGGACGGUGUUGUUUUGAAAGUGUUGUGUGUGUGAUUUGCUUCUUUAUAAUUCAAUGAAGCUAAAAAUGGUCAACGUCGGGCAUGAAAAUUUAAAAGUUUGGCUUUGCCCGUAAUACGUCGUUGUAAGAGCAAAAGCCAGUUUAAAACUCUUUCUGCGUAUUAUAGGAUGGCUAUAUGCACACAUGAAAUUCGCAUUCCCUAGGGAAAAUAUAGUUCUUUCAUAAAUUACACCAGUGAAAUAAAAUAAUAACAUUUCACUGAGGCACGUGUUGCAUACCACGUUGUUGACAUAGAGAUGGAUUGCAUAACCAAGCCGGCUCGGCUUGGGAAUCAUCAGCAAAACUAAGGAGGUGCCAAAAUAGCAACUCAGAAAAUGCACCUGAUUCAACGGUGUAUCCUGCUCUCGGUGUCGGGUGGGGGGCAAAUUCAAAAGUGAAUGUGACUUUGGGCUCAUUCAACGUAAUG